AUGGGCCCUUUGACCUUCGGCGAUAUAACAACAGCUAUUGCAUUUAUAUCUGUCCUUGGUCUAAUCAUGACAUACGAUCACAUAACCCUCAUCAAACAAAAACUCGACGCCCUCAACACCAGGCUCACCGGGGCAAUACGGCAAGCAGAGGCGGCAGAAGCAGAGGCCCGCCUGGCAGUCGAGAAAUACAACAUCAGCCGCAAGAAGAUAGCAAUGCUGGAAGAAAAACUGAACGACUACCAACGCGCGCUAAUGGAUGAGGUUGCUGCCAUUACCCAGCGCCAGGACCUGAGCACGGCCGUGGUCCGCCGAGGAGGAGAAAAAUGCCACCAGGGCAGCCUGAGCCGUCAGCUGUACGAGAUUCCGUCUGCUUCCUCACGCAGGACGGAUACGCUGUCGUAUAUUAGUAGGAAGACAACCAGAGGGACCAUUCUUUCUAAGGAUAUAUUUACACAGCAACAAGCGCACCCGCAACAGCACGCCGCUUCUGUUACUGCCACGCCUCGCGUUGCAGACAUCGUGCUGGGAGAGAUGUCACAACCACAACAUGUAGUAGUGCCCAGGGACAAUUCCGACUCAGGCAAGAGUUCAGUGCGAUCUGCUUUUGCGAGUUUCUCUGCCAAGAUACCCUGGAAACUGAGAACAAAGGAGCCACGGCCGCAGUGA